AUGUUUUGGUGCCUGUUCCUUGGAGUCACGAUUAGUUUAAAAGAGUACUUUUUGGCUCGCCAUGAGUUGCAGGAAGUAAAAACUGAGAUCGCCAUAUUUUCAUUGGUUGUUACGGCCCUUAUGAUUGACGUUGUAAUAACAUUGGUGUUUAUAGUCGGGGCUCAUAAGAAAAACCCAAAACUUUUGAGAGUUUACUAUAAGUAUGGGCUUGCAAGUUUAGUGAUAAUAUUCCUUCUGUACCUUGUCGCAUUUGGAAUUGAAAUUUUUAAUUAUUAUUAUAUAAUAGGGUUUCAAUAUUUACAAGAUGUUAUAGACACGGCAACAAUCGGUGCAGGAAUGCUUAUAUUUAAUUUAUAUCUUCUGUCAAUGAUCCGAAGUGAGAUUGUAAAGCUGGAAAAUAACACUCAGCUUACAUUUGUGAACCAUGUAACGAAUCCUCAAUGUUAUAUGGAAAAUGGAGUAAAUAAUUGA